AUGGCAACGGUACAAAACCCAACAGGUUAUGGGCCCAGAAGAGGCUUGAUUUUUGAUGGAGACGAGAACAAGUAUGAAUUAUGGGAGGUGAAGUUUUUGGGAUAUAUGCGACUCCAAAAACUUUGCAAUAUAUUCAUUCCUAGCAGUAGCGAAAGAGAGCUAGAUGAGGCAAAGAACGCAGAUGCCUUUGCCGAAUUAGUGCAAUGUCUAGAUGACAGGAGCUUGGCCCUGGUCAUACGAGAGGCGAAAGACAAUGGAAGAAAAGCCCUGACGGUUCUGAGAGAACAUUAUCAAGGCAAAGGAAAGCCCAGAAUAAUCUCGCUGUACACGGAGUUAACGUCGUUGAAGAAGGCAGAAAAUGAGACAAUUACGGACUACAUCAUACGGGCAGAAACUGCCGCGACCGCAUUGAAGGCUGCCGAGGAAGUAAUCAGUGAUGGACUUCUGAUUGCCAUGGUACUCAAGGGUCUACCAAACGCUUAUAAAACAUUUUCUACGGUGGUUAUUCAACGAGAAAACCAGAUGAAUUUUGGCGACUUCAAAAUCGCAUUGCGUAACCACGAAGAGAACGAGAAGUGCUGCAGACCGGCGGAGAAUGGCGACAACGUAAUGUACGUAAAGAAGAAAUUUGAAGGAAAGUGUUUUAAGUGUGACAAGAAAGGACAUAAAAGUUCCGAUUGCUGGAUGAAAGCUGAAAAAUGGUGCAACAAGUGCAAGAGCAAGACACACAAUACCAAGGAUUGCAGAGCAAGAAGAGACGGUGUAAAGAUGGCCGCUGAAACCGGCGAAGAGAACGCUAAAAUACAUUCAUUUGCAUUUACACUUAAGGAAAAUAAUUCUAAUGAAGGUAAGACCUCAAAUCUACUAGUAGAUACAGGGGCAACAAGUCAUAUAAUUAAUGAUAAAUCUAAAUUUGUAAAUUUUGAUGAGAAGUUCGACCCAAGUAAUCAUGUAAUAGAGUUAGCUGACGGAAGUAAAGCUAAUGUUGUUUUAGGUAAAGGUAACGCUAAAGUUAAAUUGUACGAUAUUAAUGGUAAUUUACAAGAUGUAAUGCUUAGUAACGCGCUGUAUAUUCCGUCUUAUCAGCAAAAUAUUUUCUCCGUUCCUGCUGCAAUAGAGAAGGGGGCUGCUGUUAGCUUAGAUAGGCAAGUUAGAGAGUACAGGGACCCCGAGGGAACAGUGUUUGGUAUCGAACAGGUAGGUAAAUUAUAUUACUUAAAUAGUAUAUCAUCUUCUCGAAAUAACGCAUCGUCCCUAAUGGAAUGGCACAAGAUAUUAGGGCAUUGUAAUUAUAAUGAUGUGCGCAAACUUGAGAGCGUGGUUAAAGGUAUGAAGAUAAUAGAAGACAAGGAAAUCCUUUGUGAGGUAUGUACACAGGGUAAAAUGUGCCAACAUCGAAGGCGAGAGCCAGAUCAAAGGGCAAAAGGUCCUCUUGAGUUCGUACACUGUGAUUUAGCUGGUCCAGUUGAGCCAGCAGCGAAGGAUGGUUUUAAAUAUGCCUUAUCUUUUGUAGAUGAUUUCACUGGUACUAACUUAAUAUAUUUUCUUAAACAGAAGAGCGAUACAGUGGAAGCUACUGAAAAGUUUUUGGCUGAUAUUGCACCCUUUGGAAAGGUAAAACGCAUUAGAAGCGACAAUGGUACGGAAUUUACCAGCCGGAAAUUUAAAUCACUACUGCGUCAAAAUUUAAUUAAACACGAAACUAGUGCGCCAUAUUCCCCACACCAAAAUGGCACUGUAGAGAGAGCGUGGCGGAGUUUAUUUAGCAUGGCUAGAUGCAUGCUAUUAGAAGCAAAUCUCCCCAAACGUUUGUGGACGUAUGCCGUAAUGACAGCGGUGUAUAUUAGAAAUAGGUGUUUUAAUUCUAGGUUAGGAAAAACUCCGUAUGAAGCACUGACAGGUAAGCAACCUAAUCUUAGCAAUAUGCAUGUCUUUGGCUCAACGUGCUAUGCCUUUGUUCAAAAUGUUAAGAAAUUAGACGACCGGAGCCGUAAAGGUGUUUUUGUAGGUUAUGAUAAAGACAGUCCAGCAUACUUGGUAUACCACCCAGAAACAAACAAAGUGGAAAAGGUAAGAUGCGUGAAAUUUUUUGAUAAUUUUGGAACUGAGCCUGAGGCGUCUAAUGACAACCAAGAGUUAAUUGUGCCAAAUAAAGAACACGUUGAGACUACGGUAAAUGCUAACGAGCUGCCUCAGCAAAUGGAUGAAAAUGCUGGUACAGCAGAGGUAGAGAACAACGCGGCGAGAUAUCCAACACGCACUCGCAACAAACCAAGGUAUCUUGAUCAGCCUAUUAUUGACGACAAUGUUAACCGCACUGUUGAUUAUUGCUUUAGGGCUGUAGACAUUCCAAAAUGUUACAAGCAAGCAACAAAAUCGCUGGAGGCUAACAAGUGGCAAAAUGCCAUGAAUGCAGAGGUAAGCGCAUUAAACGAUAACAAUACGUUUGAGUUAGUCCCACCACCAAAGGAUCGACAGAUAGUGGGGGGAAGAUGGGUUUACGCCGUAAAAAUCGGCCAAAAUGGGGAAGAAACCCAUAAAGCAAGAUAUGUAGCUAAAGGGUAUUCUCAAAUUCCUGAGAUUGAUUAUCAGGAAACGUUUGCCCCGACAGCUCGCAUGAGCUCAAUUCGUACAUUGCUACAACGUGUUGUGCAGAAUGACAUGAUCAUUCACCAAAUGGAUGUCAAGACCGCCUACCUUAAUGCGCCUAUAGAUUGUGAGCUCUAUAUGGAACAACCAGAAGGUUUUGAGGAACAUGGUGAGAAUGGUGAAAAAUUAGUAUGUAAAUUAAAUAAGUCAUUAUAUGGUUUAAAGCAAAGUGGGAGAAACUGGAAUAAUUUAUUACACGAGUAUCUGCAAAAGGAGGGUUUUACUCAGUCACAGGCUGAUCCAUGUGUGUAUGUGAGAAUGAUUGACUCGAAGCGAUGUGUUAUAGUAAUUGUAUGGGUUGACGAUAUCAUUAUCGCAGCCAGUCAUUUUGAAUUACUAACAACUGUAAAAGAAUCUUUAGGUGAAAGGUUCAAAAUGAAAGACCUAGGUAAGCUAUCGUGGUUUUUAGGUACAGAGUUUAAAUGCAAGAAAUCUUGCAUCGAAAUGAAUCAGAAACAAUAUAUUGAAAAAGUAUUGUUAAAGUUUGGGAUGGCUGAUUGCAAGCCCAAGCCUACUCCAUGUGUUUUAGGUAUCGAGAAGGUCUCAGACGAAGAAUCACCAAGCUUAGAAGACCCAGGUGAGUAUAGGGCUAUUGUUGGGAGCUUAAUAUACGUUAUGACAGGCACCAGGCCUGAUUUGUGCUAUAUAGUGACGAAGCUCUCACAGAAAAUGUCUAAGCCCACAAGAGCCAAUCUCGACUUGGCUAAACACGUUUUAAGGUAUUUGAGGGGUACAUCUGAGCAAGGUUUGACAUUUAGGAAGUCAAACGUUCCGCUAAGGUUGAACGGAUUUUGUGACUCCGACUGGGGCGCAUCAGUAGCCGACAGGCGGAGUAUAACUGGCUAUAAUUUUCAGUUGUCUUCAACAGGUCCUUUAAUAUCCUGGAAGAGCCGUAAGCAACCAACAGUUGCACUCUCUACAUGCGAGGCAGAAUAUAUUGCGCUUGCAAAUGCCGUACAGGAGGCAAAAUUUUUGAGACAAUUAUGUAUCGACAUGAAGGUAAGUAUAAGUGAUGAUAAUGUACUUAUUCAAGUAGAUAAUCAGGGAGCUAUAAACUUAGCUAGAAAUCCCGUACACCAUCAAAGGUCGAAACAUAUAGAUAUUAAGUAUCAUUUUAUAAGAUCCGAGAUACAGGUAGGUACCAUAAGUUUGAAAUAUGUUCCUACUGAGGACAAUAUAGCUGACGUCUUCACAAAGCCAGCUAGCAAAG